GACUAGGGCUCCGAUCGAUCGGACAUCAGUCGCUGCUCAUCGGCAAGUCAAGGCGUUUUUUUUUGGAAUUGGUAUCAUCGGAUCAAGUGGAUUUGUAGUCAGCAUGAAGGUCUUCGUUUGCAUGUGUGCUCUGUUCGCUGUGGCCAACGCCGGCUUCCUGGGACUCCUUGGAGGAGGAGGCGGUGGUGGUGGUGGCGGCGGUGGCGGUGGAGCUAGCCUGAAGGCUGGUAUUAGCCUGGGCGGCAAUGGAGGAGGAGGUGGCCAUGGAGGCGGCGGCGGUGGUGGCUAUCACGGCGGUCAUGGCUCCAGUGGCCCAGUGCAGGUGGUCAAGGUUAUCCACCAGCAGGGCUCCUCCUCCUCCGGUGGUUAUGGCGGUGGCUACUCCUCCGGUGGUUAUGGCGGUGGCUAUGCCUACGAAGCUGCUCCCCAGGUCUUCAAGGUGAAGGUCAUCUCUGGCGGCAGCAGUGGACAUGGACACGGACAUGGACAUGGUCCCGCCCCCGUCUACCUGCCCCCCUCUGGCCCCGCCCCCUCAUCCGUGAAGGUCAUCAAGAUCCUGCAGGAGGAAUCGGCUCCCAUUGUGAGUGCCCCUGGACCCGCGUUCAUUGGUGGCUCUUCAUCGGGUGGCGCCGUCACCCAGGUCAUCAAGGUGGUGCACGAGAGCCAGGGUGGUUACUCUUCCGGCGGCUAUGGCGGUGGUUACUCCGCCGGGGGCUAUGGCGGUGGUUACUCCGCCGGCGGCUAUGGCGGUGGCUACUCCUCGGGCGGAGCCACCAAGGUGGUGCGCGUGAUCCAUGAGCAUUCGGCUUCGUCUGCCGGAAAUGCCUAUGCCCCCAUUGAUCUGCCCGGUCCAGUGGCUGCUCCAGUGGCUGCUCCAGUGGCUUCUUACCAGGAGAUCGCUGCCCCAGCUCCGGUUUACUCCGCUCCUGCUCCUGCUCCUGCCCCAGUUUAUGCUGCCCCCGCACCCGCUCCCGUGUACUCCGCUCCUGCUCCAGCUCCCGCUCCCAUUUAUGCCGCCCCCGCUCCCGUUUUUGCGGCCCCUGCUCCAGUUUAUUCCGCUCCUGCCCCGGCUCCAGCUCCAGUUUAUGCUGCUCCCGCUCCCGUGUACUCCGCUCCUGCUCCUGCUCCCGCUCCCAUUUAUGCCGCCCCAGCACCCGCUCCCGUGUACUCCGCUCCUGCUCCUGCUCCCGCUCCUGCUCCCGCUCCCAUUUAUGCCGCCCCAGCACCGGCGCCCGUCCUGAGCCUGCCCCAUUCCGCUCCUGCUCCGGUUUUCGCACCCGAGGAGCAGUCCCUGCCCAUCGGCCACGCCCCCGCCCAGACCUACGGCCCACCGGGAUACUAGGACAGCAGUCAUCCAUCUGUUUUAGAGGACCUUCCUGCGCCAACUACAUCGACAGCACACUACCAUUCCUAAACAACGCCAUGAAACUUAAUUUAAGACAUUUUUUUUACCACACAUUUUUUUGUUAGAAAAUAUAAAAGAGAAAAAAAAAACUAAA